ACGAAUUAUUUCCAUAUCCUCUCCUCACCUCUCCUGCGUUGCAUUGCAUCAAGCCAACGUUGUUGCCGACUGGGUAAUAGUCUCAGGCCUUCGGCUCCCUAGCAGACCUGUUAGUUUUAAGCCCUGAGAAUCUAGAUCUAGAUCUACUAGAAAAUGGAGCCCAUCAAGACCACACAAAUCACAAGUAUCUGGACAUACCUUGAAACGGUGGAUUGGUCAGAUCCUUGGUUCAGUGGACUGUUAGCUUUUCAUCUCUUCACAUUCUUGGUCACUUUCCUCACAAGGAACAAACAGAUGCUGCAAGCAGCGCAUUUCUUGGUCCUGUUGCUGCUGGUUUACUUUGCUGAAACCCUGAAUGAAUUGGCUGCCAAACAUUAUAAGGUUUUCUCUCGCCAGCAAUAUUUUGACAGCAAAGGAAUGUUUAUUUCUCUGGUGUGGUCAGCCCCUCUUCUCAUGAACUGCCUUAUCAUUGUGAUGAUGUGGAUUCUGUUCUCAUCUCAGCUCAUGGUGACCACAGGCAGACUGAGGCUGGAACAGGAGAGGAAGGCUCUAGAGAGAAGAGAGAAAGAGAAGGCAGCUGGAGGAGGAGGAGGAGGAAACAUGAAAAAAGAUCAAUAAAAGGAGAUCGAUAUAAUUCCAA